AUGGGGACCCAGCGGCCUCGGCGGGCCUUCGCUGCGCCGUCCCGCGCGUCGCCUUUGCCUACCUGGCUCCUGCGACAGUGGGAGGCCAUGGAGCUUUCGAGAAACUCGGUCGACAAGACCAGGAAGCGGAGGGGCCUGGGCCGUUGCCGGCAUUUCUUUUGGCUGGGCAUCGUGUUCGACGCUGUGGGCGCCACAGUGCUGUUCACUGGGGUCUUCGCUGACCUGCUGUACAGCGACCUGCUGCUCUACCUGGGUUCCAUCAUCAUUUUCCUCAGCCUCCUCUGGUGGGUCCUCUGGUACACCGGCAACAUCGAACUGACUACUGAAGAAGCCUUGAAAAGGCCCUUCGACGGGGUCUCAGCCACCACGGUGGACCUUCCAAGCCAGCCCGUCAGCCACCGCUUUGCUUUAAGGUUCUGCAACGUUCCCAGACCCUUUAGGCAGAUCCAGCCAGGGUGGCGCCGCAGUACCCUCAUCCAAAGGAAUUUGUCUCUGAGUAUGACCCUGUCGGGCCAGGUAGAAAAACAGCCAGCAAAGGAGGACCAGGGCAACGACGGAAUGCAAAGUGUCAAGAAUAGUAGCGACGCUGAAGACUUGGACGGAGAGGAUCUGGGCCCCCGGCCAGAAGCUGUCCAAAGUUCAGAAGGAGUUUGUGCCCCAGGCCCUGAUUCUGGUCCACGGUGCCGCGAGGCUGGUCUGCUGAGGUUUGUCAAACCAGCAUCGACCCAUCUGGUGCCACCUGAGUCCACUUCACCUCCUCUGGACCAGCUUCUGCCUCCAGUUAUCCUCACCUCUGUGGUCCCCUUGGCCCCUACCAGUCAACCUCUAGCUAGUCUGACUUCCGGGAACCUUACCUUAGUUUCCUCGGCCUCUAUGAGCCAACCUCCAGCCACUCUUGUCUCUACAAGCCUGCCUGCUGUCCCCCUGUCCUCUGCAGGCCAGCCUCUGGACACCCUGGCCUCUAAGAGCCAGGCCACAGCCAUGGUGGUCUCACAAAGCCACUCCCUGCCUGUGGAUGCACAGAGUCACCUCCAGGUCCACGUAGCCUUAGGAAGCAAUCUCCAGAAUCUUUCUCCGGUCUCUCAAACUCAGCCUCAACCUGUUCAGGGUUCCCAAGCCCAGAUUUUGGCUAACUCCACCACUCUGAUCCACCUUUUGUCGGCCCCAUCUUUUCAGACCCAGUCGGUGGGCUUGAGGGUCGCCUCGGCUGUCCAGGACUUGCAGGUCCUGUAUGACACUCAACAGGUGCCCCAGAGCAGGGCUUUAGUCCAAGAGAUUGCUCUCAGCCAGGCUUCACCUGCCAAGGAGAUUCUUAAGAAGCCAGUUGCUCAGGCUUUCGAGACUGUGCCACCAAUGGGCCAGGAGCUAACUCAGGAAGUCCCUGACACCAUGUCCCCACUGCCUGAGUCCCCAAGUCCAGCUACUGAGGUGCAGCAGUCAGUGUCCCCUGAGGGUGCGUCUACCCCCACGUCGGAGAAGAGCAGUCAUGCUCUCUAGUAUAGAACCAGACCCCAGCCAUCCAAGUGGUCGCUCAGACCUCUGCCAAGACAUAUAAAAUACACUGAAGUAUUUUGGACUUAAUUUUAUUCUGAGUUAUUAACGUCUUAUACACGCCAUCAUCCUGAAGAAGAAUCAAUGUGUGUUCUAUUCAGCCCUUUUCUAAGGAUUUGAUUUAAUGUCUCUGGCGUAGUGAAAACACAGUUAUGAAAAGGCUGGAGAUAGUGACAGUGAAAAACAAAAUAACAGAGUUCAAAGAGUCUCAUUUUUCCCUUUGGUCUUAUGCAAGACUUCUAAAACUGGAGUUACUAAAAAGUGAUUAAAUUCAAUUCCUUUUUAAUUUAGUUCAUACUAAGUGGUAGGUACUUCAUGGGACAUCAAAACAAUUCCGUCUCCGCAGAAGUCAUUUCCAUUCUGAGUGCAGUUAGAGGCUGUAUGUGGUAUGACUAAGGCUUCCAAUACUACAGUCCACAAAUCCCAUGUGAAUUCCCCAUCAGCUUAAGAUCUCCCACUGCUUGACUUUGUGGCACAAAAUGGCAUUGGGCCAUUAGUUAUGAUUAACAAAGUCACGUAGUACUUUUGGGAAAGUAGAAAUGGGCAGUAAUUAAGAACUCAACUCAUUUCAGCAGUAGUCUGGUUUGAUCAGUCCGAGAAUAUUUUUCUGGUUCUUGUUUCUGAGUUGGGCUGAGAAGGUGACCUAGCUGUGAGCUAGGUCAAGGCACAUCGCUCAAGAGUCUAAUCCUCCUCCUACCAUGCCAUUGUUCCUUAAUGUGCUUUGUAUCCCACCGUAUGUGUUUGCCGUCCUAUUUUAAUCAGUGGGGAAAUGGACCAUAUAACUAAUUCAGUCCUAAGGCUUUGUUUAUCCUCUGUUACAGAAGUAAAUUUUUAGUGGAACGAUUUAGUAUGGAGAAACAUUUCCAGUACCAUAAUUGGAUUAUACCAUGGGGACUUGCUGUUACAUUAUAAAUCACUUCCUCUGAAACUUAACAUCCACUCAGCUUAGAUUGCUGCAUCGUUUUGUCCUGCUUUGCAAAAGGACUAAUUUGACUGUAAAGAGGGAGAAGGAAUGAGUAUUAGUAUUACUAAAGGGUCCUCAAACAGUCGUUCAUUUAUUUCAGGAACCCCAUUUUGGCUGUUUUCUCAAUGGAUCCUUUUCAUCUCAGCCACCACCACCCUCCGCUAAGCAACUGUCACCUCAACCCUAGGCUGUUAACUGAAAUCUUAAGAGAUAAUCCCUUCUCUACUCUUGCUGUGGGGUCUUGCACAUACUUUUCUCCCUGCCUUCAAAGCACUGUCCCCCUCUCACAGCCUCCUGAUCCCUUCACCCUUAGGUUUCUGCUCAAUUGUCACUUUCUCAAGGGAACCUCCCUGAGCUCCCUAAAGGGGUAAAUUCUGCCCGUUAUAGAACCACAUAGCACCAUGUGAUCUCCUUCAAAGGACUUGAUUUGUAAAAUUUACAUUUAAUCGAUACCUGUUCUUUCAUUAGAUAGUAAGCUGCAUGAAGACGAGGGUCUUUACUAUUAUUAUUCGCUGACCCAGUGCCUAGCACAGGGCCUGGGACGAAGGUGUUCAGUAGAUAUUUGUUGAAUAGAUGAAUGUAGAUGUUAACUACUAUUAGAUUGAAAGUCCGUAGGUAAAGAUAAAGCUGAGGUUAGGUGGUGCCUACCAGACCAAUUAGUCAAAUAAAACUGAUUUCUAAGUUAGAUACAUUUGCCGUCUGAGGAACUGUGGGGAAGAAUUAAGGUACUUUUCUCUGUAGCAUCCUCCUGGUAAAAAUCUGAAAAACAUUCCAAAUAAGCAUUAAACAGCAUGAGGAUCUUGUAUAUUGCCACCAUUGUUUUCCAACAAAAUAAAAUAGUAAGUGAUUUUUUCCUAUGUUCCCCCCAAAAUAUUAAAGAUAAAAAUGGAAAUGUUAUGGCUGUUCACCAUAUAAUUUCAUAUAUUAUGUUUUACUUUUUUGUUCUCUAAUUGUUGCAAAUAUGUUUUGUGUCUUCAGUUGGACUGAAAAUUUACUAAGGCUAUGCUUUAUACCAGUGGUUCUUAAUUUUGGCGAUAUUGCUGCUCAGGGGACAUUGGUAAUGUCUGGAGACAUUUUUGCUUGUCACAAUGGGGAGAGGGGUUAUGCUACUGUCACCUGGUGGAUAGAAUCCAGAGAUACUGCCAAACAUUAUACAAUGCACAGGACAACCUGCUCCCCUCAUAAAGCAUUAUCUGGCCCAAAAUAUCAGUAGUACCAAGGUUGAGAAGCUCUCUUUUAUAGU